GAGCUCCUUUGGCCAAUAACGGCUGUAGCCAUAUCGCUGUGGCAUUAGCUGCGCUGACUGGCCAGGCUCGGGCUCCAGGACUUCUGGGUGCCCUGGACUACUUCCUGCGGUUGUUAGAGACCCUCUACUCCUUGGACGUCACCUUCACCCCAGCUCUACAAGCUCUUCGGGCAGACAUCGUGGUGACCUGGGAUGGUGAGCCUAGCACAUGGGCAGACUAUAGCCGCAAGGUACGACUCCAAUGGGAGAAGACCGAAAAGUGGAAGCGCAAGCUUCUUGGACCAGAGUUGGCUUCCCGACUCUCAGGUCGUGCUUGGGCUGUGGUUCCGUCCUUGGACCAUCGCUUGCUGCAGAAGAAGAAUGGCACCAAGUACCUUUUACGAUUUCUCAGAGAUCGGUUGUGCCGCACUGCUGUUCCAGACGCUGGCGCAAAACUUGAGGAACUCUUCAUCAAGAUGAAGCGUCCAGCAGGAAUGACAAUGAGCGAAUGGGCCAACCAGGUUCAAGAGUCUUACAGAAAGGUUCAGAGAGCCUUGGUGCGAGCAAGACAGGUGAGCAAGCGGGAACCUCAAGGACAAGCUGUAGGAUCGACUGCAACGCGAUCUGAACCUCAAGCUGAACCACCGAGUCCGCAGAGAGUGAGAACGACACCGAGACCUUCCCCACAUCCAUCACCACCGACUUCUCCGAAGGAGACACCACAAGAUCGAGGAGCACAACUUUCUGGACAAGAUGAUGGUCGUGGUGGAGCACUUCAUCCGGAACAAGGAGGAUAUGAUCAAGUACCUCAAGAUGAUCCUUCUGAACCAGGACAACAAGAAUGGACGGAUGAUGAAUGGCGUCAAUGGCAUCGCCAACGUCGAGGUGGUUAUGAUGAUGGAGCUUCUUCGUCUUCAGGCGAGGACUUUGCAUGGGAUGAACUGGAAGUCGAGGAGGUACAUGUUCUCCCAGACGAGAUUCUGGGAUGGCUGCUUUUGAGAAGGGCUAACCUGAGCUCAGCCAACAGGUUAGCGGUGCAAAGCAGUGUCCAGAACAGCCUGUUCUUUCGGGACAUCGAGAACGCGCUGAGAGAUCAAGAGGAGGAGCUGCUUCAAGCAGAUCAACAUCGACUUCCCCAUCGCAAGAGGACUUACUGGGUAGAAGAUCAAGGUGUUUGGGGUCUACUGGUGUCUGAGGAUGCAGUGGAUGAUGCUGCUGCAGAGAUUCACUGGGUUGGAUCCCAUCUCCCUGCGGAGGUCUAUGUCCCUGAGUAUGCCAACGAGGAGAACGAAGAAGCUGAGGAGAUUCACUGGUCUUACGACUAUGAUGUUGGCAUGGAUGACUACUCCGACCUGACGCCGGAGCAGACGAAGGAAUUGGACGAGGCCUACGCGGUCUAUGAGAACAAGAUGAGGAAGGGCGCAUACUGGGUGGAGUCAUUGACACCCAGCUCUUUGGACACCGUGUUCAUGGCCAUUCCGGAGGAUGAGAACGAGGCACAGAAUGACUUGCAGACUGAGGAGAACUUCAACGUGGACUUUGUCAACGACGCGCACGACAAGCCGAUCCCGGACACCUUCAACCUGGAGAACACCUUCAACGUUGUCUCCGUCCUCAACAUUCCUGAGGAGGAGAAGCCAGAGCACUGCAUCUACAUGAUGGAGGAUGCAGAGGUGAUUAAUGACACCACUGGCUACGGUGUCCUGGAUUUGGGGGCCACUGAGACGGUGUGUUCCCUUGAGGCUCUUGAAGGUCUCAUGCAACGUCGAGCUCAAGUACAUGGCAUUGCAGAACCUGUUGAGGUUUUCUCUGGAAAGGAUGCCACAAAACCUUUCCGAUUUGGCAAUGGAGCAACUCAGGUCUCUUCUUCCUUUGUGAGGGUGCCUCAAAGACUUGGCGACCAGAUGGUGAAGUUAGGUCUUUUCACCUUGGAUGCCGAACGCGUCCCCAUUCUGCUGGGCAUGAGAACUCUUCAUCGCCUCGGCACUAUCAUAGAUGUGAGCGGCCGGUGGAUGGUGCUUUCACGAGUUGCACCGUCUGUGAAGAUCCCACUCGGCAAAAGUCGUGCUGGACACCUUUUGGUCGACCUCACUUGCGACUGGCUCAAAACGAGUCAACCUUUACAAGAUGACUUUGAUGCGAAGGACACUUCUCUUCAGGGCACCAGUUCCAAGGCCAGGCGAACCGAGGCUGCAGAACCUGCGUGCAGUGAACAGCAGAUUGUGAGCAAUCUGACGCAUGUCCUUCUUUUGAAGGAGCCUUGGCUUACAAAAAUUCUUGACGGAUGCAAAUCCUUGGAAUUGCGAAGUCAAAACACAACAAAGAGAGGCAGAAUUGGCCUUGGCAUCAAAGACAAGAUCUUGGGCUAUUGCGAACUGACAGACUCGCAACGGCUGACCUGCGCAGAAGUUUUCUCUCGUCGGCAUGAGCAUCUUUGUCCUUUGGAUUUGGUGACUUACAAGGAGGUGUACGGUUGGAGCUUGGCAUCUGCAAAGCGAUUGUCUACCCCAGCUCCCUUGCCAAGGAAGCACGGACAGAUUGUCUGGGUAGUUCAUGAAGGUGCAAAACCAGAUCAAGCCCCGGCUACUCCUUGCCCUGCUCCGAGAGAUCCCAGCCCUGCGCCCAUUGCAGAUCAAGUUGAGCCAUCAGCAGACGCAAGCCCUGAUGCUCUUGCCGUUCAUCAGUCUGAGUCUGAUGUUUGCGCACAAGUGGCCGUGAAGCUUGAGCAGGCCAAUGCUGCCAAAUUCAACAAGUUGAAACAGAUUGCUCCGAAGUAUGCAGAACAAGGACGCAAGACUGCGCGAGGCCAGCUUCCAGAUUUAGAAGCGGCAUGUGUUUUGUGCCAACGGGCACGUCAUUCCUGCAAGUGGGAAACAUACAAAGCUCCAAAGAGAAAUGGGCACCGACCAAUUCGCACCAAAGGAGGCAGCUGCUACAGCUGCGUGAGAUCUUGUGCUUUGUUUCGAUGUUCUCGGUCCAUCCGUGCCUUGAAAGAGGCUGGACUUGUUGAAGUCAUAGCAGAAAUGUCGAAAGCUGUCGCAAAGACACAGCUACGUGCUCCUCAGAAAGUGUUCUUCUUGAUAUCCAUGGAGAGCGGUCAGCAGAGAAGGGAAUCCGCAGAAGCAGAAGCCAAUUCCUUGUUGCAGACAUCGGAGCACAGCAGCUCUUCCACUGACUUUGGCGCGCUCACUUCAAGCCAAUUUCAAAUUUUGAGAAAGUCGGUUGCAAAAACCAUCAUAGAUGCUUGCAGAGACGAGAGCUUGUUAUUACCAUAUGCUGACGGAGUGUUGCAAGACAAGGCAACUUCCAAAACAAGGCGUGGUUGGGCCGAGAAGGCUGCAGUGGCUGUUUUCUUCCGCUGUCCACCUGACUUGCAAACCAUCAUUUUUCCUGCAGUGGAUGCUCUAGCAUCUCGACGUUUGACACCAGCAGCUCGUCAUUUUUUGGAAUUAGCGCCAGACGUGCAUGACCAUGAUCAAGGUCCUGUACCUGAAGAGCCAGAAGCAGUGACUCCUCCCAGCAAGGUUGCCAAGCAACAAACGGGUAGUGCUGAAGCGAGGCCCAAUCAAACAAGAGCUCCACCAGGAAGCGGCCGAAAGAGAGAGUUAACAACAAAUCUGUUACAAAUGAUAGAGGGUCACUGCCAUGAGGAGGGCGACGUCCACACUGUGCUGCAUGCCUUAGAGAACAGGCUGCAAGCCAAAUUUCCUGGAAUUUCUUUUCAUCACAAGCAUCCAAAUUUACCAGAUAAUGCUGACGAGGUUUUGGACAGAUUGGGACAAUUGCGGCUAAAGGUUACAGCCCGUGGAAAUCAAACCUUGACUUUGCGGGAGCUAGAUGCUGCAGUAUCCAAUCACGGCGCUGUGCUGCCGGAAUACUUGACUGAGAAAGGUUAUCAAAUUGGGUGCAAAGCCAGGAAAAGACUGAGGUUCGAGGAUGAACCUGAGAACCGUGGUGGGCGUCCAAAAAUAUUUCUUUCAGAAGACGUAGCACGGGAAAUCCUGGGAAGACAUUCUAAGCCAGGCAGCAGUGUUGUUACUGUUGAAACAACUGCGCAUGGCCGUCGAAAAGCCAGAGGCAAACAAUCCAGUGACGGUACCAGAACAGAGGUCGCAAGCAUGUCUCUGUUAGCCGCGCCAACAACAAUUUAUGAUAUGGAGCCUGAGCUGCCGAAGGUCAUGAGCGCACCCACAUGGCGACGGAUUCUGCGACAGGGUUUUGGAGAAUUUCGUUUGGCCGCCCGGCGGACAGACAUCUGUACCCACUGCAACACCUUCUACACCAAGUUGGUGCCAGAUUUCAAAGCUUUUCUUGAGAAGUCUCGCAGGGAUCUGGUUGCUAUUAUUCCUUCCUAUUUUUCCGGCUGGGACGAAACAAAGGAACAAGAAGAUUCCAGCAAGGGCGAUUGGGCUGCUGUUGCCAGCGGUUUGCUCCAAUAUAUCCGGACACACCAUCAGCAAUAUCCAUUGGAAAGGGCCGAGCUGUCCCGAGCCGAUAGACUCACCUUGUGGACGGACACAGAAGCGCCCAUUCAGCAUGAAAUGAAAGGCCGCCUUUCUUUGCUGAGAGCUUUUCAAUGGCAUAUUGCCAGCUCACGCCGUAUGAAUGCAACCUUUGAAUCUUUGCUUGACACUACCGCAUCAACGCUGCCUUUGGGGGAUUUUCUUCUCGCUUAUGACUGGCGGCAAAAAUUGAAACUACCAAUGUGCCCAGAAGAAACUGGGCAAAUGUGGCACAUGCAACAAAAGGUCUCGCUCUCUUGCUGGGGUGGCGUGUUUGUGAGACAUGCCCCCUCUUCCACAAUCGAAUGCCCCAAGAUUGAUUUCACUUUUCUCUUAUUUCUGACAGAUGUUAUUGAACAGAGCGGAAGCCAGCAAUCUCAUGCUACAAGCCGCUUUGAACGCGUGCAGUGUACCAACGACUGGAUCCCUGCAACUUUGGAGAAGCAAAAAGUGUUGAUCCGCUUCCUGGGAGAGCAGCAUGGCAAAAGCAUUUUGGAUAAGAUGUUUGGAUCUUCUGGAUGGCUUGGGAAAUAUGCUCGCAAACAACCGAUUCUCGAUUUGAACGGUAUGGUCAGGGCGCUGCAAGCAGGCAGUUUGCCCAAUGCUUCGCCCAUCCUGUUCAACCGUGUGUUUGCUGACAGUGCUGACCGUGUGCGGGUUUCAGAUUGGAGUGUGGAAACAGUGAAAGAUGACGACCCGCCGAAGGUGAAUCAGCAUGACUUUGAUCCAGCGUUUGUGGUCCACUCAAGCCAGACUUCACAGUCAUCGCUGCCUGAAGUGGAUCAAAGCAUGCGGGACUACAUCCUGCGACAACUUGCCCACGAUCAAGCGCAUCGCACUGCGUUCUCUAGCAAUGGCGCCGAAGAAGAUGACCCAGAGCCUGAACCACAAGGACGUAGCUCCCCAGACAGAGAAGUACGACUUCACACGGAUGCAACAGAUGAACCCAGCCGACCCGAGGGCUCUGGGAGCGCCCUGCUGGGGCGAGCACACUCCAGUCCACUGGCGAAGGACGUGGAGGUGCAGGUGGUGGAGAAGAAGCCGGAGAAGGGAUCAUGCGAGCUGAUGGAUCGCAAGAUCGGGCUGGAUGGAGCCGAGCGCUCCCUGGUGAACCGCCUGGAGACGGUCAGACGGCAGAAGGAGGCAUGGCAGCAGGUGCAAGAGAAGAAGAACCUGCACAAGAACCAGUCUUCCAAAGGUUCACCAUCGGGCCCAGAAGCAUCGGGCCAUCCGCCCAAGGCAUCACCUUCAACGCCUUCACCAACACCAGCAAGUGGAGCCGGCUAUGGGAGCGAGACCAUCGACCUGACCAUGAACGUGACGCCAGGCAGAAAGACCAGGAAGUCUCAGGAGACAGCAGAGGACUUGGAGUACCAUCUGCGACAACAGCAGCAGGAAGCGGAAGAGUGGACUCAGGUCAGUCCACCGGAAUCACCACCAUGA